AUUAAAGACGCGAUCGAAUCUCCCUCUUAAUGGAGGGUGUACCAGCUUGAAUGCGACACCUCCAUCAAAUUCCAAAUCCGUACACGAAACUCCGUGAACGUCUUUUCCGUUAAUUGGCCUUGGAAAAGUUUUAUAUUGUACUGUAAUUGCGACUGUACUAAAAGGGAUUCGUCGUUGUUUGUAAACGAAAAGCGCAGCAUCGCGUUGAUCAUGGACGAAUAUAAUUCCUCGAGUUCCGUCCGGACUCGUAUCAAUUAAUUGGAACACGGUAUCGCAGAUCAGCGAUAUGUGACAAGUUUACAAAAUUUGACAUACAUUUCGUCCGUUGUAAUCUUCAUCGCAUUAUCUGAUUAGGGUUACUCGAACAUGCUAGACAGCGACGUUGACAGUUGGUACGAAUGGAAGCGAGGAGAUGAUUUUAAUGAAACGCACUCGGCGAUGAGUACGAAUGAUAUGCAACUGAUCGGCACUAGAUCAUUAAGUCACUUGCAGUCCGAUGAUUACCGAAAAGAGCCUUCCACGAGCAACGGACUGAUCUGCUACGAUGCAACUUCUACGAGCUCUAGAUUCAACCCGGAAGUCCGUUUCAUCAAUCCGGCGAUAUACGCGGAAACUCUAGACAAACGAAGAGGAUGAGAGCAAGAGGUUGAGAUUAGAGUGAAGGUCAGAUCAAAGGAGGAUGGACGGAUCGGUAAUCACGGUGAUUUUACGCAAAUGACCGAUAUGAUGACCACGUUGUCUGUUAACAAUGACCUGGCCACUUCCUUCGUGGACCAAGCCGGGGACCAAGCUUCAGCCCAAGAAACAUAUCGUUGUUAUUCCUUGAAUUCUCCGACCACAUUCUCGUCCUAUAAAUCCGACGUGAUGCGUUCCAAGUCCGUUACUUCCUGUAGACCCUCUGGCCGUGUUGAGAGACGAUGCAAAAUCGUCGACAUGGCGGCAGAUAAUGAUCAACUCUGUUCUGUCAGGCAAACGGAAGUGCAGAGGGAACGCGAUGAAAGUUACGACGUAUCCUGCAGAUACACGUUGAACGGGCAUCGACUCUUACGAGUGUCCACGGCGUCGUUGUCCGGUAUUAAAAUUUCCGAGAACACUUCGAACGACUGCGAGUUCAUGAAGAAGAUCACUUACAGCGAAUGGAUUCGAAGAAAACAGGAAACGAUUCGACGGAAGAAGGAGGAAGAAGAGAUGGCUGAGAGGAAGAAGCGAAUGGAGUCAGAGAGAUUGGCACGCGAGAAGGAGGAAAGAGAAUUAAGAGAGCGAGAGAAUUUUUUAAAAUGGUCCGAGAGGAAGAAACGAGAAGAAGAGAGGAAGAAGGCUAUGAUUGAAAAAGAAUUGCAAGUGCAGAAACAGUUGAAAGAGAUCGAGGAUAAAGCUGCUGUUGCGAAGAAUAUGAAUCUUAGCCAGUGGGCUCGUAAAAAGAAGGAAGAAGAGAAAGCACGUCGAAGAAAGGAGGAGCUAAAGCAGAAACGAUUAGAGGAAGAGAAGCAGAAGAGAUUAGAAGAGAGCACGAAGGCAUAUGAAAAUUGGCGAAAGAUGGCGAAGAACAAACCUAAACCAGCUACCCAAGGACUUCUACCUCAUCAGAAAGCAAAGCCAGCGUAUGUGAACCCUACACCUUGGCAGCGAAUUGUCGAGGACACCGAGGAUGCUGAUGAAGAUGGAUUGAACAGCAAGAAAACACAAAGUCAGUCGAAGAUUAGCACCAGGAGAAACGCUAUAUAUUAUGAUUAAUUGAGAGAACUUCUCUUAAUCUUGGCAGAAAAAUAGAAUUAUAAAAAGGUUAUGGAUGAAGAGAGAAACCUUUGAAUUAUAUACCCGCAUAUCGCGGUCUAUCUUAACACAGGAUAUGUACAAUUAGAAUCAUAUUACCUUCAUUUCAUAGCAGAUAUUCUUUGAUACAUUUUACAAUCUUAGUAUUAACAUAUCCUCCAAGCUAAU